AUGCCCGUCUACAUCGCGACGCAAGCCCUCUUCGAUGGCAUCAACACUGUUCCAUACCUCUGGACCGUCCUCAAAACGCUGCCAUGGCUCGGUCUGCUGUGGCUCGUCAAGACGUACUUUCAAGGAGCGACCAAUCUGAGCGAGCGGAAUAUGCAUGGCAAGGUCGUGAUGGUGACAGGCGGCACAUCCGGCGUAGGCGAGGCCACCGUCCGCGCGCUCGCAGCUGGAGGCGCCCAAAUCGUCCUUCUAACCCAACACGCCCUCAGCGACCCCUUCAUCGUUGACUACAUCGAGGACAUCCGUCGAGACACCGAUAACCACCUCAUCACAGCUGAGCAAGUCGAUCUAUCCUCCCUCCACAGCAUCCGAACUUUCGCGACGAAAUGGAUCGACAAUGCCCCGCCGAGGAGGCUGGAUAUGAUUGUGCUGUGCGCGAAUACGCUGACGCCGGGCGGUAAGGAUAUUCAGAGUACGGCGGAGGGAGUGGAGGUGAACUGGCAGGUAAAUUAUCUGGCGAACUUCCACUUGCUGUCGAUUCUGUCGCCGGCGUUGAGAGCGCAGCCGCCGGAUCGGGAUGUGAGGGUUUUGAUUGGAGGGUGCAGUAGUUAUAUGGGCGGGGAUCUGCUACACAUCACACAGACGACGCCAUCGAAGAGCAAGGAGAAGAAGGAGAAGAAAGUGGACAAGACGCAUGAACCUACCAAGUUCUCGCCGGGCAAUGCAUAUGCGACGUCGAAGUUGGCGCUGACGAUGUUCGCACUGGCGUUUCAGAAGCAUUUGAGUGCGUAUAAGAGGCCGGAUAACAUGCCGAUGAAUACGAAGGUGUUGCUCGUGGAUCCUGGGUUGUGCAGGACGCCGGGGACGAGGCGGUGGUUGACGUCUGGGUCAUUGUUGGGCUUGCUGCUGUAUCUCAUCACGUACCCGCUGUGGUUGUUGAUCCUGAAAGCACCAGAGAUGGGCACGCAGAGUUUCCUGUACGCAUCCAUGGAAGAGAAGUUCACGCGGAGUGAGGGUGGGAUCUUGAUCAAGGAGUGCAAAGAGCGGGAGUUCAUGCGGAAGGAAGUGGAGGAUGAGGAGGCGCAGAGGAAGCUGUGGGAGUAUAGCGAGCAGAUGGUGCAGGAGGCGGAGAAGCGUGGGGCGCAGGAGAGGGCGAGUAAGAAGGAGGUGGAUGAGGAGAGGAGGGAGGAGGAGGAGGCUGUGGAGCAGAUAAGGGAGUAUAAGGAGAAGGUCGGGAAGAGGGAUGGGGUGAAGAAGGAGGGGAGUCGGAGGGGGAGGAAGGGUUGA